AUGGUUGAAGCGCCAUCCCCACUCAAGCGCGUGCUGGUCACCGGAGGCGCAGGUUACAUUGGAUCGCAUGUCGUCUACGCACUACAGAAUACCCGCCGAUUCAAAGUCAUCUCUAUUGACAACCACCACAAUUCAUAUCCCAAGUCCCUGCUCCGUGUAUCGCAGCUCUCGAAGAGUGAGCUCCCCGAAGGCGCCUCGGCGCAGGAUGUAGAAACAACGGAAAUCGAUGCGCACAAGUGCGAUCUUACACAGCCUGAGCAGAUUCGGCAGGUCUUCCAGAAGUACGGGAAGGCAGGCAUUUGGGGAGUAAUUCACAUCGCGGCGUACAAGGCUGUGGGGGAAUCCACUGAGAUACCACUCACCUAUUACGCCAACAAUGUUGGCGCCACUGUAUCGUUGCUGCAAGUCAUGGCAGAGUUCGAGUGCACGCGGAUAGUCUACUCGUCGUCUGCAACUGUAUAUGGAAUCCCCCCGAUUAUUCCUAUACCGGAAACCACACGUCUGCAAGCCGAGAGUCCCUAUGGAAAGACGAAAGUCAUGGCAGAGACGAUCAUACAGGACUUAUGCCAAGCGGAACCAGAACGGUGGCGGGCCAUCUCUCUGCGUUACUUCAACCCUGCCGGCGCGCAUCCCUCUGGCGUGAUUGGUGAGGAUCCACGAGGUCGCCCGGGCAAUCUCUUGCCCUUGCUCGCACAUAUGGCCGUAGGACGUGUUAAAGAGGAUAAAUUGAUGGUCUUCGGAAAUGAUUACCCAACACCGGAUGGCACCUGUGUGCGGGAUUAUCUGCAUGUCCUCGAUCUCGCUUCCGGGCAUCUGCUUGCGCUGGACGCACUUGCCCCGGGUUCUACCGUCUUCGAUAAUUGUCCCACUCCCGCGCGUGUCAAGGCGUUCAACCUGGGAAAAGGCAAAGGGAUGAGUGUAUACCAGAUCGUCGAGGCAAUGCGCAAAGCUACGGGAUUCGAUUACAAGACGGAAGUCAUUGGCAGGCGCGCUGGCGAUGUCCCCGACCUCACUGCCGACCCUGCUCUCGCUGAGAAAGAACUCGGGUUCAAAGCAGACAAAGAUCUCGAUACAAUGUGUCGCGAUCUCUGGAACUGGCAGUCGAAGAACCCGCAAGGGUACGGCGAAGAUUGA